UAACCGUGUCUGUCUCCCUUCAAGGAUCUCAUGUCCACUUCUGGUGCGAAGAAUGGUCUAAUUUCACCCGAGUGCUGCUGAUGUGGGAUCAAUCACAGGGGCUUCCUCCCCAACGCGUAAAAAACCGCGCGUUUCCGGUCCUGAGCUUAGCUCCCAGUCUUCCCGUUUUGCCUCACCCCUGGCGCCAACCAAGCCCGAAGCUCGUCGGCGACGUAAAAGAGCUAUUGAAGAAGUUUUCGCCCAAACAUCUCCAGUAGAAAAGCGCGUCAAGUCGCCUUUGUCAGUUAAUCGUGAUGAGGGAGGUCUCUUCAAUACAACAAACCUUUCUCAGGCGACCAGCCGACUUCCUGAGACGCAGGAUCCUCCAGUUUCCUCUCAGAUCAGCAGGAUAGCUCCUAGAGGCGAAGUGGAACCCAAUCCAUUCGUGUCUCAAACUUCGUCCGUCGACCCCAGUAUCGAAUCUACGGAACUAGAUGCCGAUAUGUGGGGCGACGUUACAGAGCCUGAUCUAGCUUUCUUUGAGGCCCUCGAAGCACCAUCUACCCCGUCUGGUAAUCGUCCGACUAAAUCACUGCCCGAACCCGACCCAGACGGACCGGCCAUCCCAGCUUUCCGAACAGGACGUCUACGUCCACUCGAGUAUGAUGCGGAAACUGCUGCUAAGGCUCGGAAGAUCUUGGAAGAUAUCAGUGCCGAAGUCGAGGGCACAAACGUAGAUAGUUCCAGCCUUCCGUCUUCCAGUCAAAGUUUCUCCCACCUUCGAAAAUCACUGCCUGAAUUCAAGACGCCGUUCAAGACAUCGCGUAUUCCGGACUCUGUAAUUGCUAUGAGCCAGGCGUGUCCAAAAGAGUGGCAAGGGCUCCAAUCUGAGCCUGCAAUUUCUUCUACGCCCUCUGCUUCGAGCACAGCCCUUCCACCCCCCACCCUCAGCACACCGCAGCGAAGCAAAGAACUGUCAGCAUAUGAACCCUCACGACAUUAUACGCCACUUACACGUCUGCCCGCCUCCCACUUGACCCCAAACGCUAAGCCCUCGCCACAUCUUGGUGGAUACAGAGCGCGCCCUUCUACAGCGACGUUUGUCACGCCAUUCAAGCCCGGUUUUGGACCCGGUGAACCAGGGAGAGCACAAUUGACCCUGAAACCACCGUCGUCACGGAGAUCAUCCAGCCCUCACGUGGAAGUACUUCCAAAUUUCCAGCUGCAGCCAGUUGCCAAGGGAAACCAACAGGCCACACCAUUGCAAUCCAGUUCCCUGAACCGGGAACGCAGAACUUUACGAGACAUAAUACCUGCGCCGGGGCGAUACACCUUACGUGAAUUAUUGACGCAGGGAAUCCCCAAGGAAAUCCCCCAGAUCAGCCCGGAUAAUGCUGCUUAUUACUGUUUCCACGACAAUCAAGACCUUGGAGACUCCUCCGAACACCAUCUUCAACCGAAGCUGCUAGGUCCUCAGGAGGCUUUAUCUCAUCUUGUCGGACGAGGAUGUUCCCAUGCCACUCAACCAUGGGUAGAAUGUCAUUGGUCACUGAUCCUUUGGAAAAAAGCAUCAAUGAUUUGUUGCCAGCCUAGAUUAUUUGAUUCGAUGUGGAAUUUUGAGUCAGUUUGCAAGGACCUCCUCCAUCACUAUAAGCGCGACCUGAACGGAACGACCCGCCCCCUGGUCAGGAUGAUACAGGAGCGAGAUGCCCCACCCUCCCGGCCAAUGGUUUUGUGCGUUUCUGGGAUAUCAUGGACUCCAGAGCGUUGGGAUGAGAACAAGAACCUCGUCCAGGCGCACCCGGAACUGGAGCUAACAGAUGGAUGGUACAAGAUUAGAGCUGAAGUUGAUGAGGUCCUGGCCAGAGCCGCGCGACGAAGAAAGAUCAGGCUUGGCACCAAAAUUUUCAUAUGUGGUGCGCGGCUGCAAUCGCAAGGCGAGCCUCAUGAAGUGCUCAAAUCGUACAGCAGCUCUCGCAUGCGGAUAUCAGGCAAUGCGACCAGGCUUGCACGAUGGGAUUCUAAGCUAGGGCUGCAACCUCGUGCCCUGCAAAUUGCCACAUUCCGAAGUUUAAAUCCAGAUGGGGGGCUUGUGCCUCUUAUUGAUAUUAUCAUAGAGCGAAUCUAUCCGGUAGGUUUCUAUGAGAUGGACAGCGACGGUGUUAUGCUCCCGGCCCAUGAUUCGGCCGAGGAAGCGGAAGCUCAAGCUAAAUGGGAGGAUGCGCGGGCAGAUCAAAGUUCGAAAAUUCGGUCUGAUCUUGAGCGGCGAUGGUUUGCAUUAGAGAAAGUUGCUGAGCAGGCGUCCCAUGCUGCUUAUGGAUGGGAACCCAAGCCAGAUGAAGAGGAACCGAGUAUGCUGGAUGACAUUUUUGAUGAGCUUGAAGAAGCAACGGAUAUGAAUGCGCUCUAUCGUAACAUGCACCUCUCCGCACAGGAGUAUGGCUGGCUCUCCCUUCACAUCGCCAGAAACAUACAAGAGCAAAAAGAAAACCUUCCCCAACUAAUUGAGAAAGAACUCGAGUGUUCUCUUCCAUGCCGUAAUGUCCGCAAUUUCCGUAUUAUCAAAGCGAAAGACGCUCGCAAUGGACGGCGAAAGGCGUCACGUACCGCCCAGAUAACUGUCUGGGAUGUUUUAGGCCUUGGGGAGGGUUUCCUUGAGGAAGGCGGGCGAUAUUUGGUGAACAAUUUGUACCCUGGCCAGCUAGGAGCGUGGGGGUCACUGAACGAAGGAGAAGUCUUCUUGAACUCACGACUGGGGACACGUUGGACUCGAUUGCGUGGCAACACGGACUAAUACAUGUAUAUUACCAGCUUCCUAUUCAUCUGAACUCGUGUUCAGGGUUUCUGUAUGUAGCAACUGAUGGAUGUUCUUUGUACCUUAUCUCGUGCGUGCAGUAGCUCCGAAUGGAAAAAUGAAACGGUUGCUUGUUCUAGAGUUAAAUCAUAUCCAUUGUAAUGGACCAAUUGCAG